AUGGAUGAAAAUGAAUUGAUUUCAAUGAAUAAUUCAUCGAAUUGCGAACAAAAUCAAAUUCAUCAAAUAGAAAGCGAAUCUGAUGUAGAACUCAACGAUAAUUAUAAUGCUACAAAUGAAAACGAUUCAUUGCAGAAUCUUUCAUUCGAUUUGCAAUUUCUUGGUUUGAAAAUAUCAAUUCAACUUGUUAUUCGUAUAUUGAUUUGUUUAUUUCUGAUAAUUCUAAUGACGAUUGGAAUUAUCGUUGUUUGUUUUACUACACCGAAAUCUAAAAUGAAGCGCUGUGAAUUAAAUUUUGUACAAAGAUAUCCGAAUCCAAUUGAAUAUAAUUAUGGUCCACAAUCAGUAGCUAUUGGUGAUUUUAAUCAGGACUCAUGGAUGGAUAUGGUUAUUGUUAAUUCAAUUGUUAAUAAAAUUGAUAUUUAUUUGGGAUUAGAUGAUCAAUCGUUUUCAAAACAAUUUUAUUAUUCAACGGGAAUUAAUUCAAAGCCAACGAUGGUUGCUGUUAAUCAUCUGAAUGAUGAUUUCUAUUUAGAUAUUGUUGUGAGUAAUUAUGGAAAACAUUCAAUUGGAAUUUUCUAUGGACUUGGAGAUGGAUCAUUUCGAAAUCAGAAAGAAAUUUUAACAGGAAUAUCAAGACCAAUAUCAGUUCAUUUAGUUGAUAUAAAUAAUGAUUCAUUUUGUGAUAUUAUUGUUAUUAAUUAUGGUACAAAUAGCUUCACCAUUUUCUAUGGAAAUCAAUAUGAUUUCUUUGCAAAAUCUCAAACGUAUUCAACUGGAUAUGAUUCUCAUCCAUAUUUCUUGGCUACUGGUGAUUUAAAUAAUGAUCAAAGAUUGGAUAUUAUUAUUGCUAAUCAUGGUACAGAUAAUAUUGCUGUUUUUUUUGCCAAUGAAAAUAAUUCAUUCGAAAAUCAACUAAUGAUUUCGAUGGGAAGGAAUUCACGUCCAGUAUCAGUAGCUAUCACUGAUCUUAAUUCUGAUGAUCAACUUGAUAUUGUUGUGACAAAUUUUGGCACGAACAUGGUUUGUGUGAUGUUAAAUGAUCAGAAUGGAACAUUUUCAAAACAAACAUUCUAUACGACAGGAUCUGUGUCUCCAUAUUCAAUUGGUAUUGGUGAUUUUAAUGGAGAUAAUCAUUUAGAUUUAUUUAUUACUAAUAUUGGAAUAAAUAAUACCGGAUUAUUUCUUGGUUAUGGAAACGGAAGUUUUCGAAGUGGUCUAAUGAAUUCAACAGGCUCAUCUUCAUCAAUUUCAUUGGCUUUAUUUGAUUUGAAUAAAGAUGAAAGAUUAGAUGCAAUUAUUGUUAAUAAUGAUACUCAAAAUAUUAAUAUUCUUCAUGGAUACUUUCAAGGUUUUCCACUUCCUACAAAAUUUGACAUUAGUUCUCCUUCGACAUUUAUAAUUAGUCGUGAUUUAAAUCACGAUAUGGUAUUAGACUUGGUAAUUCUUGUUUUAAUUCGCAACCAAAUGAUGAUUUGUUUGGGUAAAGGUGAUGGAUCGUUUACAUAUAAAAUAUUAUAUUCAACUGCUUCUACUCCAUAUUCAGGAGCUAUUGGAGAUUUGGACAAUGAUACUCAUGUUGAUAUAGUUGUUGUUAAUUAUAAUAGUAAUAAUAUGUACAUAUAUUUUGGAAAAGGUGAUGGUACUUUUCCAACUAGCAUUACAUAUCCAACGGGUCGUGCUCCUUCUUUUGUAGUUGUUAAUGAUUUCAAUAACGAUAACAAAUUGGAUAUUGUUAUUACCAAUUAUAAUGAUAGUACUACAAGUGUUUUUCUCGGCUAUGGCAAUCGUUCUUUUGCAUCGCCUAUGACAUAUUUGACUGGCAUUCAACCACGGUCCAUAGCUAUAAGUGAUAUAAAUAACGAUCAAUUUCUUGAUAUAAUUGUUGUCAAUUUUUAUAAUAAUAGUAUAAGUAUUUUCUAUGGGUUUGGCGAUGGAAGCUUUGCGAAUCAAACGACAUAUUCAACUGGUAGUUCUCCUUCGUUUGUGACAGUUGCUGAUUUUAAUAAUGAUAGCUAUAUGGAUGUUGUUGUUAGUUUGUAUACUGGCCAAGUUGUAACUGUUUUUUUGGGCUUUGGAAAUGGUUCUUUUGGAAAACAAGUUACAUAUGGCGUUGGUUCCUAUCCAUCAUACAUAGUGAUUGAUGACAUGAAUAAUGAUACACAUCGAGAUCUUGUGGUUACUUGUACGGGUGUAGGAAUUAUUUAUAUUUUAUUUGGAUAUGGAAAUGGUUCGUUUAGUAAUGCCCAGUCAUAUUAUACAAAUAUGAGUUCUUCGGGCGUAACUCUUGGUGAUUUCAAUGAUGAUAAAAGAUUGGAUAUAAUUGUAACAGAUACGUGGAGUAUUUAUAUAGGAAUAUUACUCCAAAAUAAUCAAGGAAGUCUUGUAAAUCAUUUAACUUAUGCAUCAAGUGGAAGUUCGAAAUUAAGAUCAAUGUUAAUUAAUGAUAUAAAUAACGAUACUUAUUUAGAUAUUAUCACUGCUAAUUAUGCUACUGACGAUCUUACUGUUUUUUUCGGUGAGGAUAAUAUGAAUUUUGAUGAUGAAAUAAAGAUUCAAUUGGAUACAAAUUCGCAUCCAUUAUCAAUUACUUUUGGUGAUUUUAACAACGAUCAACAAUUGGAUCUUGCUGUAGCUCUUGCUGCUCCAUCAAAUCAGAUUGGAAUGUUACUUGGAAAUGAACACGGAUCAUUUGUUCUUCAAGAUAUUAUCCAAAAUCGUUCAAAUUCUCCUCCUUUGAUUGUUUCAGCUGGUGAUUUUAACGCUGAUGGACAAUCAGAAAUUNAUCCAUCGAAUUGUGAACAAACUCAAAUAGAAAGCGAAUCUAAUGUAGAAUUCAACGACAAUUAUAAUACUAAAAAUGAAAACGAUUCAUUUCAGAAUCUUUCAUUCGAUUUACAAUUUCUUGGUUUGAAAAUAUCAAUUCAACUUAUUAUUCGUAUAUUAAUUUGUUUAUCUCUGAUGAUUCUGAUGACAAUUGGAAUUAUCAUUGUUUGUUUUACUACACCAAAAUCGAAAAUGAAAUAUUGUGAAUUAAAUUUUGUACAAAGAUAUCCAAAUCUAAUUGAAUAUAAUUAUGAUCCACGAUCAGUAGCUAUUGGUGAUUUUAAUCAUGACUCAUGGAUGGAUAUGGUUAUUGUUAAUUCAAUUGUUAAUCAAAUUGAUAUUUAUUUGGGAUUAGAUGACCAAUCAUUUUCAAAACAAUUUUAUUAUUCAACGGGAAUUAAUUCAAAGCCAACGAUGGUUGCUGUUAAUCAUUUGAAUGAUGAUUUCUAUUUAGAUAUUGUUGUGAGUAAUUAUGGAGAACAUUCAAUUGUAAUUUUCUAUGGACUUGGAAAUGGAUCAUUUCGAAAUCAGAAAGAAAUUUCAACAGGAAUAUCAAGGCCAAUAUCAGUUCAUUUAGUUGAUAUAAAUAAUGAUUCAUUUUGUGAUAUUAUUGUUAUUAAUUAUGGUACAAAUAGCUUCACCAUUUUUUAUAGAAAUCAAUAUGAUUUCUAUGGAAAAUCUCAAACGUAUUCAACUGGAUAUGAUUCUCAUCCAUAUUUCUUGACCACUGGUGAUUUAAAUAAUGAUCAAAGAUUAGAUAUUAUUAUUGCUAAUCAUGGUACAAAUAAUAUUGGUGUUUUUUUUGCCAAUGAAAAUAAUUCAUUUGAAGAUCAACUAAUGAUUUCGAUGGGAAGAAAUUCACGUCCAGUAUCAGUAGCUAUCACUGAUCUUAAUUCUGAUCAUCAACUUGAUAUUGUUGUGACAAAUUUUGGCACGAACAUGGUUUGUGUGAUGUUAAAUGAUCAGAAUGGAACAUUUUCAAAACAAACAUUCUAUACGACAGGAUCUGUAUCUCCAUACUCAAUUGGUAUUGGUGAUUUUAAUGGAGAUGAUCAUUUAGAUUUAUUUAUUACUAAUAUUGGAAUAAAUAAUAUCGGAUUAUUUCUUGGUUAUGGAAAUGGAAGUUUUCGAAGUGGUUUAAUGAAUUCAACAGGCUCAUCUUCAUCAAUUUCAUUGGCUUUAUUUGAUUUGAAUAAAGAUGAAAGAUUAGAUGCAAUUAUUGUUAAUAAUGAUACUGAAAAUAUUAAUGUUCUUCAUGGAUAUUUUCAAGGUUUUCCACUUCCUACAAAAUUUGAUAUUAGUUCUCCUUCGACAUUUAUAAUUAGUCAUGAUUUAAAUCACGAUAUGGUAUUAGACUUGGUAAUUCUUGUUUUAAUUCGUAACCAAAUGAUGAUUUAUUUGGGUAAAGGUGAUGGAUCAUUUACAUAUAAAAUAUUAUAUUCAACUGCUUUUACUCCAUAUUCAGGAGCUAUUGGAGAUUUGGACAAUGAUACUCANAUACAAAUUCGCAUCCAUUAUCAAUUACUUUUGGUGAUUUUAACAACGAUCAACAAUUGGAUCUUGCUGUAG